UUUCACUCUCAGUCCGCAUUGCUGCAAACAACGCUCAAACUUUCUGUGGAUAUGGCUCAACCAAAUGUGAAAGGUGUAACUACCGGACAAUGUUUCGAAGAGCAGCUGUGUUAAAGAGAGCCGAGGAUGAAAACGUGGACUCCGGAGCUGAAACUGCCGAAUCUGACAGCAGCAGGAUGUCAUCAUCUGGCAUUGAGCUCAUGACCGGUCGGGUCAGGCAGCAGCGGCAGCAGCAGCAGCAGCUCCUGCUAAUGAACUUGCAUCUACUGGCCAACCCUGGAGACUCACUGCUGCUGCAGCACACCCUGGAUCGCCUCCUCCGCUGGCUCUGCCCAAGCCUCCGCAUCUUCCACGUGUCAGAGAGGGCCUCCCCAUUCAGAAGUUACACCCGCCUCUGUCCUGUGGCAGGCUAUCCUUCUCUGGCCAUCACCUUCUUCCUCCAUGAGGCCUAUGGAGAGGAGCGAAUCCUCAAAGUGUUGGACUUCUUUCAGCGUCCGCCCUGGCAGUACCAUCACACUGAGAGCUGCGGCAGCCGUACUGGGGGGAUCCACAUCACCUCCAGCAGCUACCCUGCCAAUGCCAUGCUGCGGCCCUACCUCCUGCCCAGCAGAGACUUCUACAGUUUGGGUGCAGGCAUGCCUGUGUGGGGGGUUCGACCAGUGCACUGUGGAGGAGAAAUACUACGCGUGACACUAUAUAGUGGAUAUGACAACUACGAGGAUGCUGUGCGACUCUAUGAGACAGUGUUGCAAAGACAGGCGGAGGAGCAGAAGACGGGCUUCUGCUGGUUCACUCUCCACUCAGAGCCCGGGCUGUGCCUUCAGCUGGCUUUAAAACAGUUGUCACCAGGGGUUCGGGUGGAGCCAUGCAGCUCUGCUGUGCUGCAGUUCAGUGUGGAAGAAAUUGGCCAGCUCGUCCCUCUGUUGCCCAAUCCCUGUACCCCCAUUAGCACUACACGCUGGCAGACAGAAGACCUGGAUGGCAACAAGGUUCUCUUCCAGAUGCAGUUAGUUGGCAGCAGUAAUGUAACUUCAGGCCUCAGACCGCGCAGUGACCCCGUCCUGGAGAAGCUUCAUGGAGGAGGUUGUGGAGCAGAGAGCCAGGGAUCAGGAAGCUGCUGCAGCACCCCUCCAGGCAGCUCCUGUUACUCAUCCCAACGCAGCAGCCCUGCACCGCCCUCAAUCACCAACCACCCUGACUCUCCUCUUCGCCUCUCCAUCACCCGUUCUCUCUCCCAUCUCCUUCUGGAAGAGGAUGAGGAGGAGCCAGAGACCAACGUAGACACAGGAGUCCCCGUCUCACUGCACUCUGAAGCAGCAGUCAAAAUAAUUGCUCGCUCUUCCUCCAUGGACCUUUUGAUGAGUCCCAGCCCUGAGAGACCUCCAGCUGUUGAGGGUCUGGCUAAGGAGCUGAUUGAAUGUCUGCCACGGACACAAAUACACCACCCUCAGGUCGCCUCCAGGACAUGGGGCUCCGCUGGAUGUCCAGAUGCAGCCAAGAAAGACUGUGGCAGCAGGACUUUGGCAGCAGGACAAAGCCCCUCCAAAGGUCCCUUCAUGGAGAACAGGACUACUGCUGAGCUACUGUCAGGUCGCACAAACUAUGAGGAGCCAGUCGAUGAGUUCUUCAUCUAA